GGAAAACACUUUAUAGGGAAGCACUCUAUAGGGACGUAGAAAACAAUUUUUUAAUGCUAAUUUAAAUGGUUAAGGGUGUAAGACUGUAAGUAAGUAGUAUGGUCCUAAAUAUAUUACACAAUCUCCCUUGUUGUCGAGUAGGGGUGCUAAUGCUAUGCUACUAAUAUUCUGGAAAAUAUUGUUUUCUGCAACUUGAAGCUUAUACAUAUGCUGUUUCUUUCUACAUGUUGUGCAAUUCUUUCAAUCAGCUAUUGGUUUUCUUGAUUUUGGAUUUACAUAUUAACUUCGCCAUUAGUACUUAAAUUUGGCCUUGUACCGAAUUCAAGGCAUGUAUGCUCAUAAUACUUGUCUUCUAACAAAAGUGAUUUUAGAACAUUCAUAGUAGGCACAUGGAACUUGCAAAUUGCAAGGGAAGUUUUUGAAUGUUGAUAUUAUGUGUUAAAGAAGGAUGCUAGUAAGAUGUAUGGUCCCUUUUUUUAACCAAAAUGAAACCGUAACUUCCCUGAAUAUAUACUACACAAUAUCCCUAGUUAGUGAACAAGGAUACUCCUUAAGGUUAGUCUUCUGCAACUUUGAAUCAUCUACUCCUAAAAGCUAACUUGAUAAUAAUAAGAGCUAAACCUAACCCUAACCCAAGAACCGAACCGUUAAUUUAUCUAUCUCUAUUGGGUCAUGAAUCAAAGCAUCGAUUUUGUGUGUUCUAUUGGGUGUUUGCACAUCCAAUAAAGCUAAACGGGGUGUAUUCACUUUAACUUGAUUUUCAAACCUCAAUGUGGCGUGGUAACACAAUAUCAAACACCUACUAAGAAUUUAAGCUAGCCAAAUUGGUUCUCCUAGCUACCCUCCUCUAACUAAUCCCAGUUCCCAAAAAAUAAUGAAGUUUGAUGUUUGCACAAAUUUUACUUUUGGCUAUAUUUUUGUACAGUUGUUAAAUAAUGACAAGAUGAACAGGACUAAAUGUUUCCAAAAAUGUAACAAAGCUCUUAUGAUUAAGUCAGCUCAAGCCUAAUCAGGAAGGUUUGAAGUCCGCUUAAACCUAAAGCAACAUUGAUUUUAGUUAGUACAAAUUUUUUGCUGUUAGAUUCAUCUCCCUUUCAAAUGAAACAAAUGACAACAUAAUUAUGCAAAGACAAUUUACAAGCAGUAUCAGUGUUAGUGUGGCUGCUUAAGUUUUACUCUUUGGCCAUUUGUCACCAUCUUUAAAGUGUCAUGAACAAUAGCUAAAAAUUGUUUAUGGAAAUUUCGUUUUAUACAUACUGCAAUCAUGUGAACCAUUUAGUACAAGAGGAAACUUCCUUUACCCUUUUCUUCCCAAUAAAUUAUCGUGCCAACAAAUCACAAAAAGGUGAAUCACAAAUAAAUUUUUUGAUUUCUAAGCAUUCAUUUUAGAAAAAAAUGAUCAGCUCUCCGGGGAUUUAUUUUGAUAUUGGGAAGAAGGCUAAAGGUGUUCUUCACAAGGACUAUGUUCAACAACCACCAAUUCACUUUCACUACCAAUUCAUGGACUGGAAUAUGGACCUCGCUUGUCAAGUUGAAGAAAUUGUACCUGGAUUCAAGAGCCUUUUCAAAUGUACCAUACCUGAUUCUGGGAAGGUGGAACUACGAUACUUGAACAAUUUUAUUGGGAUUACUGGAUGCAUUGGAUUAAGAGGAAACAUAGAAAGAGGAUAUGAUCCUGUUCUUAACUUCUCAGGCCUUAUAGGAACAAGCCUUCUGUCACUUGGAGCCAAUGUUGCUUUUGAUAUACCAACAAGAACAAUCGACAAGCUGAAUGCUGGCUUCAACUUCAAAAGUUCCUUCCUUGAUGCUUCCUUGACCAUGCAUGAUAGGUUUGACACACUGAAAGCCACCUGUUAUCAUGAAGUGAACCCCCUAACCAAGACUGCCAUUGCAGCUGAGGUAAAGUACAGCUUGUCAAUGAAGGAAACUGGUGUUACCAUUGGUGCUCAGCAUGCAAUUUUUCCUCAAACUUUGGUAAAGGCUCGAUUCGACACAUCUGGAAAUGCAGGUGCUGUUAUUCAACAAGGGUUUUGGCAGAGAUUUUUCAUAACUAUGGCUGGAGAAGUGGAUUUUGGGGACCAAACUACCCAUCCCAAGGUUGGAGUAUCCAUGGCUCUGAAAUAGUAAAUGCAAAUGAGAUAAGCUUUUGUCUCCAAUUGAGAGGUUUUUGGAUGCAAGGGGUGAUAAAACAAGGAAGCAAACUGGAUGUGAAACUUCUAAAAAUCUUGGAUGAGCACUUUUGCAUAGUAUGACGCCAUGUCUAGUAGUACUACUAGUAGAUAUCUCUAUCACUUUUGCCUGUUUAUAGAAUUGCUUUGUUAAUAGCAUGUUUGGAUUAGCUUCUCUUUCAUCAAAAUCAAUUCUAGAACCUGUAAGCUAUCCAUAGAAGCUUCUCUUUAUAAUUGAUUCUAGUUUUAGAUGCAUUGGAUUCUUGAAGAAUUACUUUGAUGACAAAAUUCCUUUGUAGGACUAAUAUGGUGAUACCAUAAUGUUUGGAGUACCAAUUUAGUGCAUGAUUGUACUUAGUUCAUGUUGGUCAAAAGCACAUUCAAUCCAAUGACACGAGAGACAU